AUGUGCGACUUUUCCGAGUACGGCGGCAAGUCUCCCGAAUGGUUGGCGGUAGAAGCAACUCUUCCGCCUCCUCCCACCUUUGGAAGCCUCGAGGAGCGUAAGAGGGUGGUCAACAAAGGACGAGAAGAGAUCUCAGCAAAAUCCAUGGAGUCUUUGUCGCAUCUUGUUCACAUCAACGAUUACCGCAUUGGCACACGAGACGGCGCUACGGUUGAAGCUCGAGGCUACCGACCAACGUCAGCAGACCCAGCCACUCGCCUUCCCAUCUACAUCCAUUUACACGGCGGGGGAUAUCUGUUCGGAUCGCUCUCUUCAGAAGAUGCCAUCUGUACUCGCAUCGCCAGCGGUGCCAUGGUAAUCGUCAUCAACGUCAACUACCGCCACACGCCUGAGGCCACCUAUCCAAUGGCUUGGGACGAUGCGGAGGAUGCAUUUCACUGGGUUCACGACCAUAUUGAGGAGCUCUUCGGAGAUGACAGCCAGGUCUUAGUUGGUGGCAUCUCGGCUGGGGCUCAGCUUGCGGCAGCGUUGGCCCUUACGCAAAACCUUUCACCCAAUGCUCUGUUGCGGCCCGAACUUGCCGGUCAAGUUCUAAUGAUUCCAUGCCUCAUCCAUAUGGACUGCUAUCAAUCACAGCUCGAGCAGCUGAAGGACCCUUCAGUCUCAUCGUAUCUGGAAAAUGAACAUGCGCCAAUUCUUCCCACAAAGACGGCCAAAUUCUUCACGGAACUGCUCAAGAUCACAAACCCAAACCCCCAAGACCUUCGACUAAAUCCUGGAAAUGCCUCGGAACAUCAGGUGGGAGGCCUACCACCGACAGUCCUUGGAAUAGCAGGCCUUGAUCCGCUACGAGAUGAGGGACUGUUGUAUGGAAAGAGACUUGCUGAGGCAGGAGUUUCCACAGAUGUCCACGUCUUUAAGGGCCUCCCUCACGGCUUUCGUCGAUUCGGUGAGCAGUUGACCGAGUCUGAAAGAUGGGACAAGGUUAUGGAGGAAGGAAUCCGUUGGGCCUUGUCAAAGCCU